CUUUUCUCUGUCCUCGAAACAAACAAAACAAGUGCGUCCACGGUUGGAUUCUUGGAAGAAAAUUGAUAGGUAAUUACUCUGUUCCAACUCGACAUGCCAAUAUCAUUUUCGUUCCCAGAAGUUGAUGAUGAUGCCAAGGAUGAAAGCUCAAAAGCCAUUCUCAAUGACAAUGUGAGGCCAGCCCAGAGGUCUUUGAGCUUCAAGGGUCGAGAUGCCAAUCCUUCCACGGUCAAAACUCUGCAGCCGGGCAAGUUAGUAGUCAAAGGAUCCCUGAGCUUCAACAACACAAGGCAGAUGCGCCCUUACCACUUUGAAACGAUGAUCUCGCUAGUGAAUCCUACCACCGAAGACGACAACUCGAAAAGUUCAAAUGAGCCUGCACUUUCAAGGUUUACUGUUUUGAAGGACAAGCCGAAGCAUGAAGCUGCUGUGAAGUUGCAGAAAGUCUACAAAAGCUUUCGUACAAGAAGGCAGCUUGCAGAUUGUGCUGUCAUCGUCGAGCAGCAAUGGUGGAAAUUGAUAGACUUUGCACUGCUCAAGCUGAGUUCUGUGUCGUUUUUCGACAUUGAGAAAGAAGAAUCAGCUGUUUCUCGAUGGUCGAGAGCAAGAACCAGAGCUGCUAAGGUUGGCAAGGGGUUAUCAAAGGACCAAAAAGCUCAAAAACUUGCCUUGCAACAUUGGCUAGAAGCGAUUGAUCCUCGACAUCGCUAUGGUCACAAUCUCCAUUUCUACUAUGACUAUUGGCUCCACAGUGAAAGCAGGCAGCCCUUCUUCUACUGGUACGUUUGCAGAGUCCCGUUUCCUUGA